CUUAUGGUCAGUGUCCCGGCCAGCGGGUCCUGCCGCGAGAGCGUUGACCCGGCUGCAGCCAGGCGGGCUGAACGUGCGGCACGCGGGGGCACACAGCCGGCUCUCGGGGCUCCCGGCCGGCCCGCGCCCCUCCAGGCUGCACUUCCUCCGCAGCCCCAAGCCGGACGCGCCGCGCGCUGCCUCCACCGAGCCGAGGUUCCAGUCAGAAGGGGCAGCCGUCUUCCCUGAGGAUGACCACGCCUUCCAGCCCUCCUGCUUUCAGGCUCGAGACCUCAGAUGGAGGCCAUGAAGAUGGUGCCCAGGGAGACAGAGGAAAUGGGGGCGGGGGCUCCGAACCACCCCCCAUGGAGUCUCAGUUCCAGGGUGAGGACCGGAACUCCUCCCCACAGAUCAGAGUGAACCUCAACUUCCGAAAGGCGGCAGGUGCCAGACAGCCAGACCCAAACCGCUUUGACCGCGACCGGCUCUUCAGCGCUGUGGCCCGGGGGGCCCCCAGGGAUCUGGCGGGGCUACCAGAGUAUCUGAGCCGGACCAGCAAGUACCUCACAGACUCGGAGUACACAGAGGGCUCCACGGGGAAGACCUGUCUGAUGAAGGCCGUGCUGAACCUUCGGGACGGGGCCAACGCCUGCAUCGAGCCGCUGCUGCAGAUUGACCGGGACUCGGGCAAUCCCCGGCCUCUGGUCAACGCCCAGUGCACGGAUGAGUACUUCCGAGGCCACAGCGCCCUCCACAUUGCCAUCGAGAAGAGGAGCCUGCCCUGCGUGAAGCUCCUGGUGGAGAAUGGGGCCGAUGUGCACGCCCGGGCCUGCGGCCAGUUCUUCCAGAAGAGGAGCCAAGAGACCUGCUUCUACUUUGGCGAGCUGCCCCUCUCCCUGGCUGCGUGCACCCAGCAAUGGGACGUGGUGACCUACCUCCUGGAGAACCCGCACCAGCCCGCCAGCCUGCAGGCCGCCGACUCGUUGGGCAACACGGUGCUGCACGCCUUGGUGAUGAUCGCAGACAACUCUCCGGAGAACAGCGUGCUGGUGACCCACAUGUACGACAAGCUCCUCCAGGCGGGGGCCCGUCUUUGCCCCACUGUGCGGCUGGAGGACAUACCCAAUCUGCAGGGCCUCACACCCCUGAAGCUGGCCGCCAAGGAGGGCAAAAUAGAGAUUUUCAGACACAUCCUGCAGCGGGAGCUCCCGGGGCCAUGCCAGUCCCUUUCCCGAAAGUUCACGGAGUGGUCCUACGGGCCCGUGCGGGUGUCACUGUAUGACCUGGCCUCUGUGGACAGCUGGGAGGAGAACUCAGUGCUGGAGAUCAUUGCCUUUCACUGCCGAAGCCCGCUCCGGCACCGAAUGGUGGUCUUGGAGCCGCUGAACAAACUGCUGCAGGCGAAGUGGAAACUGCUCACCCCCAGAUUCUUCUUCAACUUUUUGUGUUACUUGACCUACGUGUUCAUCUUCACCGCCGUCACCUACCACCAGCCUCCCCUAGAUAAGGACUUCCUCCCACUGGAAGUGACAGCUGGGAACACCAUGCUGCUGCUGGGCCAUGUGCUGCUUCUGCUCGGGGGAGUCUACCUCCUCAUGGGCCAGCUGUGGUACUUCUGGAGGCGCCGUCUGUUCAUCUGGAUCUCCUUCAUGGACAGCUACUUCGAAAUCCUCUUCCUGGUCCAGGCGCUGCUCACCGUGCUGUCCCAGGUGCUGCGCUUCUUGGCCGUCAAGGCAUACCUGCCGCUGCUUGUGUGCUCGCUGGUGCUGGGCUGGCUGAACCUGCUCUACUACACGCGCGGUUUGCAGCACACGGGCAUCUACAGCGUCAUGAUCCAGAAGGUCAUCCUUCGGGACCUGCUCCGAUUCCUGUUGGUCUACUUAGUCUUCCUUCUCGGCUUCGCUGUCGCACUAGUGAGCCUGAGUCGGGAGGCCCAGGACACCGGGGCCCCUUCGGGUUCCAACACCACAGAGGUGGCGGGGAAGGAGGACAAGGAGGCCCCAUACCAGGCUAUCCUGGAUGCCUGCUUGGAGCUGUUCAAGUUCACCAUCGGCAUGGGCGAGCUGGCCUUUCAAGACCAGCUGCGCUUCCGGGGCGUGGUGCUGCUGCUGCUUCUGGCCUAUGUGCUGCUCACCUACAUCUUGCUGCUCAACAUGCUCAUCGCGCUCAUGAGCGAGACCGUCAACAGCGUCGCCACUGACAGCUGGAGCAUCUGGAAGCUGCAGAAAGCCAUCUGUGUCCUAGAGAUGGAGAAGGGCUACUGGUGGUGCAGGAGGAAGAAGCAGCGGGCAGGGGUGAGACUGACAGUUGGCUCCAGGCCAGACGGUAGCCCGGAUGAGCGCUGGUGCUUCAGGGUGGAGGAAGUGAACUGGGCUGCAUGGGAGCAGACGCUGCCCACGGUGUGCGAGGAGCCCUCGGCGCGGGGCGGCCCUGGCGCCAUGAUGAGCCCGGCUUUGGCCUCCCAGUCCAGCCAGGACAGCGCUGUGGAGGAAGACCACGUGCCUCUGCAGCCCCUGGAGUCCCACUGAUGGACAGAGGAGGGAAUCUUUCCAGUCCCACCUGCUGGCUCUGGGGCUCCAGCGGUCUUUGGUGGCAAAAAUGAAUAAAUAUUUUCUUGUGACUAA